AUGAAGAUAAGCCCCCAUGAGAACAUGAAACAAUUUCCCGCGUUGGCUCCGGGGCCGACGCGCAUGUUCGCUCCGCAGACCUCGACUGCUGUCAGUAGGCCAAAGAAGAAUUCCACAGCUUGCCUAGCAUGUAAACAUGCAAAGAGGAAGUGUUCCGGACCAGAAGCCCCAUGUAAAGCUUGUCGAAACGCCGGUACCGCAUGUUACUUUGAUCCAACUCGAGACCUCAGACGAAAGGUUGCUGUCAAGCGGACGAUCCAGGAGCUCACAAACCACAAAGAUCUACUAGAGUCUUUGUUGAGUACCCUCGCGUCGGAUGACCAACUCCAGUUUGACAAAGCGGUGGAUUUGAUCCGGAAAAAGGCUCCGUUACAAGACAUCGCCCAUGCUGUCGGAUGCCUAGUCACGACCUUCGGAAACCUCCAAGAACUGUUGGAAGCCAGUAAAUCAGUGGGUUUAGACUAUGUGGAGCAUCCCAUAGAAACUUUGGGCAAUGGAGUGAGACGGCCGUCAGACACUGGGGAUAUAGCAAGCUCGCCGGAUGAGAUUCCAAACAUGAAACCUCCACAGUGGCCAACAUUUAGCCCUUAUUCUCCCGUCACACCAGAUGAGAUCCCAAGCAUGAAACCUCCACAGUGGCCAACAGUUACCCCUUAUGCUCCUGUCACGCCGGAUGAGAUCCCAAACAUGAAACCUCCACAGUGGCCAACAUUUAGCCCUUAUUCUCCCGUCACACCAGAUGAGAUCCCAAGCAUGAAACCUCCACAGUGGCCAACAGUUACCCCUUAUGCUCCUGUCACGCCAGAUGAGAUUCCAAACAUGAAGCCUCCGCAGUGGCCAACAGCUAGCCCUUAUGCUCCUGUCACGCCAGAUGAGAUUCCAAACAUGAAGCCUCCGCAGUGGCCAACAGCUAGCCCUUAUGCUCCUGUCACACCGGAUGAGAACACAAACAUGGAACCUCCGCACUGGCCAACAGCAAGCCCUUGUGCUCCUAUCACACCGGAUGAGAUCCCAAACAUGAAACCUUCGCAGUGGCCAACCGUUAGCCCUUAUGCUCGUGUCACUCUGGAGAGCCUUUGUGACAUACCUCUCUUUGAGGUGCCGGCAGAGCCGUGGACAAAGGUCACAGAUGAUAAUUAUUUGGUUUCACACCUAGUCUCGCUCUACUUUACCUGGGACCACCCAUGCUCGCAGUUCCUUGAUCAACGGAUCUUCCUCGAACAUAUGAAACUCGGGGAUCGAAGAUCAGAGUUCUGCACACCCCUUCUUGUCAAUAGCAUAUUGUCCAUGGCCAGCGCCUAUUCUGAUAGUCCUGAUGUUCUUUCCACCCCUGAGAACGUGUUCUCGCGGGGCCAGAACUUUUUUCAUGAGGCACAAAGAUUAUGGGAAGUCGAAGAUGAUGGCCACGACCUGACUAACAUUCAAGCCCUCCUCAUGAUGUGUUGUGUAUUUACAUGCCAAGGACGAGUCCAAAAAAGCUGGAUGAUGCUUUGCCAAGCAGUUCAGCUAGCACGGGAUAUAGGACUGUUUGAUAUUCCAGCGGUGUCGAAAAAGAUGCUGCCGGAGAUGGAACGGGUUCGCACGAUCACUGCCUGGGGUGUCUUCAGCAUGAGCUCACAAAUGUCAAUUGAGCUGCAGAAGAUUGCUCCCUCAGCAUAUCCCACAUCCAAUGUCAAGCUGUGUGGCAACGAAGACCUUGACUGGACCCCAUACCCUCGCUCAAAUAAUAUCACAUAUGAUAAAAAGCCAGCCUGCCUGCCUCAAGUUAGGGAUGGACUGGCUGAGGUCAACAUAAUCUUAGUUGAUGUCCAGAAGCUCGUUUCUGACAAAAUUCGGGGUGCAAGUUUUAAGGAGUUGUGGAACAAAGCUCAAGACCCAUUCGAUCGUUUGAAUUCUUGGCUGCGACGCUGGCCAAGUGUGCCCGAGAUACAACGAAAUUCGGUCCCACAAGUCCUUCUCUUGCGAAUCAAAUGUCUCCACGCUAUCAUAUAUCUGUUUGAGAUGUUGAAAGACCCUCAUCAGCCAGAAUCUGUUCGAGAUGCCCGGUACUAUCAGGUUGAGUCCGCCAAGGAAACAGCGCAAUGUCUUCGCAUCUACCGUCAGUCGUAUGGCCUCAAGCAUAUACCCAGCCAGGUAGUCGACGCCGUACAGACCGGUCUCCGGGUCUUGGUUCGUGAGUUGGAAGAAAGUGACGAAUCAAGACAGGCGUUUGCUGAGCUCUGUCGGUUUGGAGCCGCUCUUAGUUACAGGUUCAAACAAACAGCCGACGUGAUUCAUGAGAUCAGGAAGAACGCGCUGCACCUAAGCGUGCAACUGCCACCUGAGGCUAUUGCAAUCUUCGAUGAUCCGGAACAGUGGAGGAGUCUUGAACCCUGA